CGCCAACAGAGGGCGCAAUUCAUCUUUAUAACCGAACCACGAGCGAGAUGCAAUGGGAUUCUGCUCCAGCGAAAGUUGGUACAAAAUCGUAGUUUUAAUCCUGUUUUCACUCCUCUUCGGUGAAUGUUUCAUCGUUUGCGUGGAGGGGCAGAGAGUCCCAUACGUAUUUGCGAGAUACCCCUUCAAGAAAAAGCCGAAAAACGAACGACAGUUCAAGAUUAGUAUCAGGCAAUGUGAACAGAGCACUGACUGCAGUCAAAUGCAAGGCUUGGAUAUGACGCGCUGUGCCCGCAAGUGCAUAGCACCAGACUGCUACCAAGAGCUGUACGCUCAUGAUGAGUUGGAGCUUGGUGAAAUUGACGUCCGAGCAACAUCAUUCAGAGGCUGCUGGGUACAACGCUACUACAGGUAGCAGCAUGACCCAUGGCCUAGGCGUGACAAUUCCCCAUCGUAGCAGCAGGACCUGUGGCCUAGGCGCGCUAAUUCCUCAUCGGUGGCAGCAGGACCCAUGGACUAGGCGCGCAAGUUCCUCAUUGUAACAGCAGGACCCAUAGACUAGGCACGCAGAUUCCUCAUCGGUGCGA